CUGGGUGACAGGAGUCUGGCAAUUCUGCCCAUGCUCAGACUCCCAGUGCAGGGACAUCCUCCCCCUUGGGGAAGGAAGUGCUGCCAAACCAUUGCAAUAAGCUGGAGCCCUGCUGCCUUAGUUUGUUGUCGGCCUGGCUGUGUAGGAGUAAGGCAGAGAGAUUUUUUUAGGACUGGAGGAGACACAGUGCCUCAUGGAAUAAUGAGCAUGGUGCAAGAGCCAGCCAGUCACCCCCAGAAGACAACCACAGGACAGUAUUGAUCAUGACUUCCACAAAGGAGCAGGCAGCCAUCAGCAGACUGAUGGGGUUCUUGCAGGAAUGGGACAAUGCUAGCAAAGCUGCUCGUAGCCACAUGCUGGAUAAUUUCAUUAAGGCAAAUCAAGGAAAGACAGGCCCAGAGUUGGAGCUGGAAUUCUCCCAGGGAGCCAGCUUGUUUCUGGCCCGCCUAACAUCAUGGCUGAGGCUGACCUACAUGUAUGGAAUAUACCUAGAUCAGCAGCUUAAGUCCAUUGGCAUCUUUCUGUCAGCUGCAAGUAGCCACAGGUAUCUUAUUGAAUUUCUGGAGAUUGGAGGUGUCCUGACUCUCCUGGAAAUACUAGGUCUGAACCAACUGAAGGAAGAGGACAAAAGGGAGUCGAUAAAGCUACUCCAACUCGUAGCAAAUGCUGGCAGGAAGUAUAAGGAGCUGAUUUGUGAAAGUUAUGGUGUGAGAUCAAUAGCCGAGUUCUUGGCCAAUUCCAAGUCAGAAGAGACUCAAGAACAAGUGCAAAUUCUGUUGGAUACUUUAGGCCACGGCAAUCCCAAGUAUCAGAACCAAGUAUAUAAAGGCCUGAUUGCUUUGCUGCCAUGCACAUCCCCCAAAGCCCAACAGCUGUCUCUGCAGACACUCAGAACUGUGCAGGCUAUCGUGGGAUCAGCCCAUCCCAGCAUUGUAGACGCUGUGCUGGGCGUGCUUAGCUCAAUGCAUUUGGAAGUUCAGUAUGAAGCCAUUCAGCUGAUAAAGGAUCUCAUGGCCUAUGAAGUCCGGCCAGCGCUGCUGAAGGGUCUGGUUGAAUUACUUAAACCGCCAGGGAAAGAGACGGCUAAAGUGAAAGGCAAAGCCCUGGAAGACCCAGCCACACUCCAUCUUCCUGAGCCCUUGUCGGUGUAUGUACAGCAAGCCGCUGCAGCAAAAACCAUCGGCAUCCUAGCCCAGGACUCCACCAAACUGGCUGAAGAGAUGAUCCAGCUGAGAGUGGUGCACGGCCUUAUGUGUGCUAUGGGGAACCAGGAUCAUACCACCUGCCAGAGACAGGCCAGCAUCUCUCUAGAGUAUUUUGUCCGGACAUUUCCCAUUGUGGAGGAGCAUGUGAGGAAGGCAACAGGAGAGACUCUGUUCCAGCUUUUUAUGAGAGAUGCCAAGACCUUGUACAUGAACAUGGAUGCAGUACAGGUUGAUAUUCUGGCAUCGAAUCAAGUGAACAUCCCAGGAAGUUUAGCAAGCCCAGAAGGGAUGCUGCCCAUGGAAGGUGAAGGAAGCACAGAAUGAAAACUUCAAACAAUGGAAUGAAGUCAGCUCCUCUGCCCUGCCUCUUUCCCCUUUUCCACGCCCUCUGCCUCCCUCUCAGGCCAUGCCCGUCUCUAGAGCCCUGCAAAUCCGCUUGAUAGCCGCAUCUUUGGACCACUUCUGCAGAUAGCAGCGCUCUGAUGGUAAGAGCUGGGUGAGCAGCUGAGGAACUGCAGCACGGAUCCUCCACCUGCCCUGGGUUGGGGGCUGGGACAGGAGGAUGGGGGGCAGGGACACAGGCCAGGGCCUGCUUGGGCCCUCCACCCAGGGCAGGUGGAGGGUCUGCCACGGCUCCUCACAGGUACCAGCGUUGUACUCCCUGACCCGGCUCUGGCUGGUGG